GGAGCUGGAGCGAUGCCGCUGGGCGUGCUCACGGGGUUUCUCCGGGCGAGGCGCGUGCCCAAGAAGGGAUUUCUCUCCCUCAGCCCCAAGCGCGCCGAGAAGAACUACUACAAGGGCAAGGGCGUGAUCAACUACGGCCGAUUGACGAAGAAAGGAGGAUUUAGCGUCCUGCUUCACAAGCUCCCGAAAUUCGUCGUGCCGGAUAUCACUGGAUUCAAGCUCAAGCCCUAUGUCGCGCACAAUGUGCCCAAGAUCGUGUCGAAGGAGAAGCUCGAGAAGGAGAAAGCCAGCGCUGGAAUCUGAAUUGAUGCCGUGCGAACAUUCCGGGCUCAUGUUUGAAUGGCACACGCGCAUCUUCAUCUUGAUCAGUGGUGGCUAUGGCGGAGACGUGCGCCAUUCCAGUCUCGCAGUGGCAAUUCCGGAUCUCCUCCCCAAUCCCGCGCCACAGCGGCGGCAUCGGCAGCGCGAAUUCCAGGGAGCAAUGCGUCGCCAAGGCCGCGGCGGCGGGAUCGUUCGUCCUCCACGACGAUCAAGAUCAAGAAUGCAGGUCUGUCGCUGCGAUUUCACCUCCUCUCCGGCGUAGAUCUGAUGCCGCGCCGCUCGUCGGUGAAAUCGCGGGGAUUCUCGACACCGUCCGCGACGUCCGCGAGCUCCCGGACGCUCUAGCGAGGUUUCGCGGCCGAUUGACGCCCUUCGCAGUCGGCAAGAUUCUCCAGGGCGUCAAGGACGCCGGAUCGGCGCUCUUCUUUUACCGCUGGGUGGGAUCGCAGGAUUUGUUCCGGCACACCACAUUCUCGAUGAACUGCGCGCUCAAUCUCCUCGUCAGGGCCGGGCAGCACGGACAGGCUGUCCAGCUCUUCCGCGAGGAGAGGUGUGUGCCCAACGAAUUCACGUAUGGAUCUCUCAUCCAUGGGCUGUGCAAGGCCGGGAAGCUGGAUCAAGCGUACGAGCUCCUGGACGAGAUGAGAGACCGAGGAAUUCCUCCCGGGGUGGCCGUCCACAAUGGCGUGAUCAAGGGCCUGUGCAAGGCCGGGAGGUUUGGCGACGCGCUGGGCUACUUCAAGACGGUGGCGGGCACCAAGUGCACGCCAGACAUCAUCACUUUCAACAUCCUGGUGGACGCUCUCGUGAAGUCGGGGAGAGUGGAGGAGGCCUUCCAGAUCUUCGAGAGCAUGCACACGUCCAGCCAGUGCCUGCCAAACGUGGUGACUUACACCACCGUGAUCAAUGGGCUGUGCAAAGAUGGGAAGCUGGACAGGGCGAUCGAGCUGCUGGAUCUCAUGAACGAGACUGGCUGCUGCCCAAACGUGAUCACUUACAGCGUCUUGGUUGAAGGGCUGUGCAAAGCUGGCCGGACAGACAAAGGUUUCACGCUCCUGCAAGAGAUGACCAGGCGGGGAUUCCAGCCGGACGUGAUCAUGUACAACACGCUGCUAAACGGGCUUUGCAAAUCAAGGAGGCUCGAUGAGGCGCUGGAGCUCGUCCAGCUGAUGAUCCGGAGUGGCUGCUACCCGACGGUGGUGACUUACAACAGCCUCAUGGAGCUGUUUUGCCGGAGCAAGCAGGUUGACAGGGCUUUCAGGCUCAUACAGGUGAUGAGCGAGCGCGGGUGCCCGCCGGACGUGAUCAACUACAACACGGUGAUCGCGGGCCUGUGCCGGGAUGCGAGGCUGGACGAUGCCCAGGCGCUGCUCAAGCAGAUGGUGGCGGCGAGGUGUGUGCCGGACGUGAUCACUUACAGCACUAUCAUCGACGGGCUGUGCAAGGACUGGAGAGUGGACGCGGACUGGAAGCUGGAGGCGGCUUGCGAGAUCCUGGAGAUGAUGAAGCAGACGGGGUGCCCGCCGAAUGCUGGAACUUACGCCGUCGUCAUCGAGGGGCUGUGCCGAGCCAGGAAGUCGCAGCAGGCGCUCGCGCUGCUGCGGCGGAUGAUCGACAGCGAGGUGGUCCCGGACUUGUCCUCGUUCAGCAUGGUGAUCGGCAGCCUGUGCAAGUCCCACGACCUGGAUGCCGCGUACAAGAUCUUCGGGAUGAUGAGCGAGCGGGAAUGCAAGCCCAAUCCGGUGGCUUACGCGGCGCUGAUCGACGGCCUCUCGAAAGGUGGCGAGGUGGACAAGGCCGUGCGAGUUUUCGAGCUCAUGGUGGAGAGCUUCCGGCCGGGUGUGGCGACUUACAACAGCGUCCUGGACGGGCUUUGUGGCGUUGGAAGGAUUGAAGAGGCUGUGAGAAUGGUGGAGGGGAUGAUCCACAAGGAAUGCUUUCCAGACGGGGCGAGCUACGGGGCGCUCAUCCGGGGCUUGUGUCGCGUCUCGUGCGUGGAGGAGGCGUACGAGCUCUUCCAGGCGGUGGAGGCUAAAGGAUUUGCCAUGGAGGUUGGAGUGUACAACGUUUUGGUGAACGAGCUGUGCAAGAAGAAGAGGCUGAGCGAUGCUCACGGGGUCGCAAAUAAGUUGAUCGAAGCGGGAUACAAGCAACAAGGAUGAAAGAAAGAGCAUACAAUGCAAAGAUAACAUAGUCAAUGAAUGUCGAAAUCCGUUGACUUUGAUUGAAUUUGAGUGGAUUCUGCGACUCACAUCAAGUAUCACAUUAUGUUGAACGAAUUAUCUUUCAUGGAAUACAUAUAUUCACUA